AUGGCCCAAGGCGCCCAUCUCCAGGCUCGACCCCUCGAGACCAGCAGGCCCAUGUUGGCGCCGUACUGGGGCGUGCCGACGUCGUACCUCAACUUCUGCGAAGAGGACUACUUUGUCACCAAGUACAUUGCCGAGUUUAUAAACACGUUAAGUAGUCUGACCUAUGUGGUCUACGGACUGUACGGCCUGUCGCAUGCUCGACGCAGCGGAGCUUCUGGCCCUCGGCUGAUUUCGUACUGCGGACUGAUUGGCGUGGGAGUGUGCUCUGCGGGCUAUCACAUGACGCUGAAAUACUACACCCAGAUGUCAGACGAGUUAUCCAUGCAUCUCCUGACAGCGCCGCUGCUGUAUCGCGUCCUGACUUUUCAAACCAACCCCCGCUGCGCCAAAUGGACCGGCAUCGGCCUCUUCGCCCUCUUCACCCUCAUCAUGGUCACGCACAUGGUCAUGGACGAGUUUCUCCUCCACGCGGCUACCUUUGCCGUCUCCGUCUACGUCAUUGCCACGCGGAUGCUGAAACUCAUCACGGCUCAAGUGCCAGAUGCGCACAUCGAGGACCGCUUUCGGAAAACCGCCGCUUUGGGGUUGGCGAGUUUUGGCUUGGGCUACCUCUUUUGGCUGGUUGACAGCUGGACGUGUUGGCUGCUGACCGAUAUGCGACACGCGGUUGGCCUGCCUUGGGCGUUUCUGCUCGAGCUGCACGGAUGGUGGCACGUCUUUACUUGCAUCGGGGGGUAUAUUGCCGUAGCCCUGGUGGACAUGCUGACGUCGGGGCGAGUCGCUGAGGAUCCCACUGCUUCGCUUGCGUGGCCUGUUUCGGUUGUGGGCAGGUACAUUGACGAAGCGGGAACCGGGCACGUCAAGCAGUAG